UGUACAUUAGACAAACAUGCUACGCUAAGGCUAGCAACUGAAGAACUCAACGUGUGAAGAUAGUAAGAAUCUACAUGAACAGAUGGAGAACCAAAAACUUCAGUUCUACGAGGACUAAGUACAUCUCCUUUGCGGAAAUUGAGAGAUGGAUCGCGCUUUCAUACUCCAAUGAACAGACGCUGGAUCUGAAGCCGAGCCGUGUUUUCAGAUAUCUUAGCAUUCCUGUCGAGUGUGUGGCUUCGACUAGGACCGAUUGUGAUGGUAAGAAGCCACUGCAUUUUUCUACCAAGCUAAUUUGAACAUGAAGAUGAGGGCGUUAAAUUAGCUCUUGCCAGACAAGUGGCUUUCUGACGUCCACUCCAAAAACACUUUGCGGUCUUAAAGUUUCCAUUAAGCGUCCUUCUCACACACGGCGCCCCCCCCCUCCCCCUUUCCCCAAACCAUGCUGGGGUUCCUCCGCCUCGGGCACAAGCAGGACUAAAUGGGAGUCCCUCAGGAGAGAAUCGGCCUGGUAUUAUGGCUGCAUAUGUGCUGAACAGCUUGAUAAUGAUGAAUACCAACAACCUGAAAAGUGACAGCAGUCCCCGGACGGGGAGGCCGGUGCUUCCCGUGCCGGAUCGGGCCACGUUCUGCGGGCGUCUGGCGGGCAGCCCCGGGAGCCCGGGCCCCGGGAGCCUGAGCCCCGGCUCCAGCGGCACGGCCUUCGUCUUCCCCGCCGUCCCCGGUCCGGGGAGCCCGCGCGCCCGCUCCCCCGGCCGGCCGCCGGAGUUCCUGGGCGUGUGCGUGGGCAGCCGCGUGCGGCGGCUGAGCGGCGACGUGGAGCCGCCGGGCCCGCGUUGCCUCGGCGACCAGGCGCCGGGGAAAGCCAAGCGCGCUGUGGAGAUACACCGCGAGCUGCAGAACGUGCAGGUCAACAAGAAGGUGGGGCUCUUCGAGGCGCAGAUCUCCGACCUCCGCACCCGGGCGCAGAACUCGGAGAUCCCCCGCAGCCCCCGGUCCCCCCGCAGGCCCUCCCAGGAGGCGGUCAGACGCCCCCCGCCCCUAUCCCCUCCCCUGUCGCCGGACAGCCUUCCCUCCAUCCCCAAGGAGCUCCAGAACGGGAAGGGGUGCUGCGGCUGGGAGGAGGCGAAAACGCCGGGAGACCGCGGGAGGGAAAAGAGCAGCGACGACCUAAACACGCAGCGCGACAAACCCGCGGGGAACCGGAGCGACACUGACUCUCCGUCCGCCGUUUCGCCCGGGACCGAGACCGACAGGGGUUGCCCCGCUCAGGAAGGGGGGGAGCCGGCGGAAACCCAGCCCCACGUGGUGUCCCCGGGCGCGGGGUGCUGUCACGAGGCGGGGAGCAUCCCCGCCGUCAUUGUCACCGACCACGGGAUGGAGGAACCUGGGGAACCCUGCCCCGGCCCCAGCAGGGCCCUGAGGAAGCUCUCCUCCUCCUCUGCCUCCUCCACCGGCUUCUCCUCGUCCUGGGAGGAGUCCGAGGACGACGUUUCCAGCGACCCGGAGCACAGAGAGGGGCUGUCCCCGCUCCUGCUGGAGACGCAGCAGAAAGCUCAUAAGUCAUGGAAGAAGAUAAAGAACAUGGUGCACUGGUCCCCCUUCGUGAUGUCAUUCAAGAAGAAGUACCCAUGGAUCCAGCUGGCAGGGCAUGCAGGAAGCUUCAAGGCGGGGGCUAACGGGCGCAUCCUGAAGAAGCACUGCGAGUGUGAGCAGCGGUGCCUGGACUGGCUGAUGAGGGACGUCCUCCGGCCCUACGUCCCCGCCUACCACGGCGACGUGGAGAAGGACGGCGAGAAGUACAACCAGAUGGACGACCUCCUGGCCGAGUUCGACCUGCCCUGCGUCAUGGACUGCAAGAUGGGCGUCAGAACGUACCUGGAGGAGGAGCUGACGAAGGCGAGGAAGAAGCCCAGCUUGAGGAGUGACAUGUAUAAGAAGAUGAUCGAGGUGGAUCCCGACGCACCCACCAUGGAGGAGCACCAACAGCAGGCUGUCACCAAGCCACGCUACAUGCAGUGGAGAGAGACCAUCAGCUCCACCGCCACGCUGGGCUUCCGCAUCGAGGGCAUCAAGAAGGAAGACGGAACGGUGAACAGGGACUUCAAGAAGACCAAGAGCAGGGAGCAGGUGACCGAGGCGUUCCAGGACUUUGUCAAGGGAAACAAGAACAUUCUGAAAAGUUAUUUGGACAGACUAAAGGACGUCAGGGAUACUCUGGAAAUAUCUCCGUUUUUCAAGACGCAUGAGGUCAUCGGCAGCUCCCUCCUCUUCGUGCACGACAAGCGGGAGCAGGCCAUGGUGUGGAUGAUUGACUUUGGGAAGACCACCCCUCUCCCCGAGGGCCAGGUGCUGUGCCACCGGGCCGAAUGGGCCGAGGGGAACCGGGAGGACGGGUACCUCUGGGGGCUGGACCACCUGAUAGACAUUCUGACCGACAUGGUGGGGCCCCAGGCCCACUAGCCCCUCGUCCACCCCGGCCCCGGGAGAGACACACUACAGGGACUCCUCUGACGUCCGCAGAAAGCUACUGUCUGUCCCUCGUUAAAAAAUACAACGACCUGCAUCCACCAGCGAAACAGGAGUGUGAUAGGUGUGUGUGUGUGCGUGUGUGUGUGUGUGUGUAGAUGGUGUAUAUAUUCGGGACAUUCUCAGAUAAAAAAAUGAGAUGUUUGGUUAGGUUUAAGGGGUCUCCUUCACAAACUAUUAUUCCCUCAGAUCCUAGGGCAGCAGUUUUUAAUUUUAUGUUUGAAUAGUUUUUUUUAUUACAUAUUUAAAACCUUGUAAGUACCUUCUCAUUGAUUUCCUAACAUUUGCCACGUUUUUAUUUUAGACCACUUUUAAAAUACAUUUUUAAUAUGUCAUGUUGGUAAUACCUGAGUGGGUUUGUUCAUGAAAUAAUGAGCCCAUACAUUCAAAGAGCUGUUCAGAAAUCCAUGAUUGUGUCUAACCAUUAAAGUCACAUUUCUGAUGUCA